GUCAAAACCCUUUCUAUCAAGACCACCACUCAAAGCCCUCUUGCCGCCAUUCUCCUCCUACUCAAAGCCCUCUUGCCGCAACUCUCCUCCGACUCAACCCCACUUGCCGCCUUUCCCCACCCGGCGGAUACCGUACUGGCCGGCGAAAUCACACAGGUCCCCAAGUUCCUACUUUACUGUUAUUUUCUUUUCUGUCUGACAUUUGCUUUGACAGUCUGAUUACCCAGAAGCGCAAAUCGUUCAAGUUUGUAGGUUGAGAGGGACAUGAUCCAUGCUUCUUAUCCUACUGUUUGCAAGGCUUUGAAAUUUGGAGCCAGGGCGGUACGAAGGUCGUUGGGUUUUCACUCAAACUUUCCCCACAAGGAUUUUAUCAGGCGGAUUCGGAUGGAGAGUAAUAAUCAGAACUGUAGCCUAAGAGGUGGCAAGGAGGAUUCAAGAGGUGCCUUGGUUGUUCUUGAAGGCUUGGAUCGUUGUGGGAAGACAACACAAUCAACUAGACUAGUCAAAAACUUGGAGAGGGUAGGGUAUUCAGCUGAGUUGUGGCGGUUUCCUGACAGAACUACAAGUGUUGGGAAAAUGAUAUCUUCGUAUCUUUCCAACGAAUCACAACUGGAUGAUCAUACAAUCCAUCUACUCUUUAGUGCCAACCGUUGGGAGACGAGAUCAUUGAUGGAGAGCAAAUUGAAAAGUGGAACCACCCUUGUCGUUGACCGUUAUUCCUAUUCAGGGGUGGCAUUUUCAUCUGCCAAAGGACUUGAUAUUGAAUGGUGUAAGGCUCCGGAGAUUGGGUUAUUGGCUCCAGAUCUUGUAGUGUACCUUGACAUACCACCUGAGAAAGCUGCAGAAAGAGGAGGCUAUGGAGGUGAGAGAUACGAGCAGCUUGAGUUUCAGAAGAAGGUUGGUCAGAACUAUCAGGUCCUCCGCGGUCCCACUUGGAAGAUCAUAGAUGCUUGUUCAUCCAUGGAGGAAGUUGAGGAACAGUUGCAAAAGAUGGUACUCGAUUGUGUAAAAACAUGCCAAGAAGGGAAACCCCUCUCUUGUCUCUGGUCUGGUUAAAUUUUCUCUUCCCCGGAAAGGGCAAGACGCUAGUAUCUGUGGAAGGUCGAAUGCUGCUUAUUUCAUCUCGGAUUGUAUGACUAUUUUACUCUCGUGCUAAAAGAGUUGAUUCAGUGUUGUUUACUCCAUCAACAGCGAAAAGCGGGAUCUGUGGUAAAAGUCUUUCUUAGUUUCGCGGAUUCAGUACUUCGUUUGUGGUUGUCCAUGACUAUUAAUGUAUCGUAAUUGUUUUUUUUCACUAAAAUAGACGAGAUUGCGAGUUCUUUUGAAUGAAUUUGAUUGUAGUCUUGGCAGUUCUACCUCAA